AUGGGUUUUAAGUUACUGACUUUGACACCUUAUUACACCCAGGCUAAUGGUCAGCUCGAAGCGGCGAAUAAAAUUUUAAUUGGUUUGAUAAAAAAACAUGUAGGUCAAAAGCCGAGAAAGUGGUAUAAAACUUUAAAUCAAGUGCUAUGGGCAUGUCGAAACUCGCCUAAAGAAUCAACCAAUACCACUCCCUUCCAACAGGUUUAUGGGCAUGAUACAGUGUUUCCUUUGGAGGUCCACUUACAGUCAGUUAGGGUCCAAAAACAAGCAGGGAUCCCAACUGAAUUCUAUUGGGAUAUGAUGUUCGACGAGUUAAUCGAGCUAGACGAUGAAAAGUUCGAUGCUCUAGAUGUCUUAAUGAGACAGAAAGAGAUGGUGGAUAAAGAUUAUAACAAAAAGGUUAAGCCUAAGACAUUCAACUCUAGAGACUUGGUGUGGAAAGUCAUAUUGCCCAUAAACCAAAAAGAUAGAACAUUGGGCAAGUGGUCCCCAAACUGGGAAGGGACAUUUAAAACUCUGCAAGCGUAUACAAAUAACGCAUAUGAAGUCGAAGAAUUAACCCAUGAGGGUCGAAUCCUGCGAAUAAAUGUCAAGUAUUUAAAGCAGUAUAUGCCUAUAUUGCAGGAAAUACACAUAAAUGCAGAAUAA